AUGAACACCAGAAAUCGCCCUCAAAUUCCUCCAUCUGAUGAUUCUACCAGUCCUUACUUCCUUCAUCCUAGUGAUAAUCCCGGUGUUGUUCUCGUUCCUCAGUUGUUGGCUGGUUCUAACUAUUCAACGUGGAGUCGCUCCUUCACCACAGCUUUACUAGCUAAGAACAAGCUAGUGUUUGUGGAUGGAUCUAUCCUUCGGCCGCCUAGUGAUGAUCUAUUGUAUCACGCAUGGAUCCGGUGCAAUAGCAUGGUCGUUGCUUGGCUACGCAAUUCGGUUUCUACUCAGAUUUGUUCGAGUAUCAUGUUUCUAGAUAAUGCCUAUGAAAUCUGGGCAGAUCUAAAGGAUCGCUUCUCUCUUGGAGAUUCUGCUCGUCUCUACCAACUGAAGCAGCAAUUAAUGUCACUCAGUCAAGGAAACAAUGAUGUGAGCACAUAUUUCACCACUUUGAGAUCGAUUUGGGAUGAAUUCAAAAAUUCUCAGCCUCUUUCGUGGUGUACUUGCAAUCGAUGUACAUGCCAUAGUGCUGCUAAAUGGCAUCAGCACCAGGAAGAUGAGUGCACAGUCCAGUUCCUCAUUGGUUUAAAUGCAUCUUAUUCUCAGAUCAGAUCUAAUGUUCUAGCAAUCUCUCCAUUGCCUUCACUCUCUAAGGUUUUUUCUCUAGUGGUUCAGGAAGAGAGACAACGGAGCAUUGAUGGAAAGCUUAUCUCCUCAGCUUAUUCCCCAGCUCCAACUCCUAUUGCAAGUGAACAGCCCUACGCAAAUGCAGCUUCCAAUACUAACAGAGGCUUCAACAAAUUUUUAUGUACUCAUUGUGGUAAAACUAACCAUAAUGUAGACAAAUGCUUCUUUCUUCAUGGUUUUCCUCCAGGUUAUGGCCGAGACAAACCGAAAUCUGGUGGAUUCAAUCAAUCCACAUCUUACAAGCAUAAGUCUGUCAAUUUUGUGGAAAAUGACUCUGAUUCUUCUGAUUGGAGAGGAUCUAAGUCUGGAGCUCAGCUUGAUGCUACAAAUUUACCAACUAUGGAUCAAUACCAGCAGCUUGUGAAUCUAUUGCAAAGCCAACUCCACACUCAGAAUCACAUUCAAAACCUCACUGCUCCAAAUUCAUCUCCAACUCCACAGUCAAUCUCCCAAUCUCAAUCUCCUCCCUUCUCUGUCUAUCUACAUGGAUUUUAG